CCUCAAUAUACAAUGCUCAUGAAUAUCUAUGUCUUGAUCGUCGUGGCGCGGAAUUUGUUGCCUAUGCCGGCGAAGUUGGAAAACACAUUUAUACUGACUACGUGCUUCGCAAAUCGUCGAUUCCCACCUCAUUAUGCCUCCGGCGCCACCCCAGCCUCCCACUGUCGUCCAACCAGAUGUACACUUACUAUCGGACUUCGGCAAGCGAUAAACUCUGGAUGAAGCUGCUUGUGCUUUACCUCUUCGUGCUGGACACGGUGAACAGCUUCUGUGAUAUUGGAUUAUUAUUCGAACCGCUUCUACUCGAUUUUGGCAAUCAAGAUGUUGUUGCUACUUCUCCUUGGACUUUACGCCUCGAUGGGAUUUCCACUGCUCUUAUUUCUACCCCGGUGCAGAUUUUCAUGGCUUGGCGCAUUAAAAUCAUCAUGGAGACAAUCAUACCAACUGUGAUCAUUAGCAUACUCGCAAUAUCGUCACUCACUGGUAGCAUCUGGCUUGCAAUCGCUGUUUCCAACACUCCCCAAUACGCCGAAUUCGGUGAUUUUCGGGCGGCACCUUCGCUGUGGCUCAUCAGCUCCGCGAUUGCCGAUAUUGCUAUUGCGUGUUGCCUUGUAUAUGGUCUGGCAAAAAAGCGUACAGGCUUCGCUGUAUUGAAUGAUCAGAUAGAUCGAAUCAUUCGUGUCACCGUUCAGACAGGAUCUCUUACCGCCUUGACAGCUUUGAUAGACGUCAUCGUCUUCUUGAGUGUUCCAGAUACUACGAUCUUUUUCGCAUGGGACUUGGCGCUUUCCAAACUGUACACAACCACUCUUCUCAGCUCGUUGAAUUCACGCGCGUCAGCGAGAAAUGCUGAUAGGAACAAAGCAAACGAGCCCAACGCUCUCUUCUCGAGCGAAACCUCUUCACAUUUGACCUUCAACCAACAAAAUGCAAGAGUUUCGAGAUAUAAUCCGCCGGCGCAGGUACCAAAGAAUACGGAUGGGUUCUCGGAGGAUCAUUACGAGCUCUCCUCUCGGUCUCAAAGUCCCCCAAGAAGGGAGCGGGAUAGAUUAGGGUUUCGUGACCCUGCCCCUCCUACAGAUUUCAACGUCUUGGUUUCGCGCAGUACUAUUAGCGAUAAUCCUGACGAUGCUAUUUAUCCUCCCCCUAAAAAUGUAACCCCCUGAUGUAGAUGUACUUCAUUUCAUGUAAAAAUAAGAAUGUACAUACAUUGUACUGCUGAUAUUUUAUUCAAUUUCGGAAUCGCCGCGGACAAGCCG